AUGCCGCGAAGUGAUAGCCGCGGCCGCAGCCGAAGCCAGAAGAAGGACCGCAGUCGGAGCCGUUCUCGCAGCGGCGGGAGGCAGAAGCGACCGGAUGACUACGGCGUCGACACGCUGAAGAUCACUGACGACGAUGCAGCCUUCAUCUUGGGCAAAGGCGGCAAGACCAAGGAGAAGAUCGCCAAAGUUGCAGAGGCCGAGAUCGAGCUCUUCGAGCGCGACCUAAUUUUGGAAAUCCGUGGCAGCAAGCUCCAGCGGAAGCGGGCUAAGAAGUACUGCGAGGGGGUCAUGGCCCAGCGUACAGGACCGGUCUCAGUCACCGAUGACUAUGACGACAAUGACUUGACACUCCUUCAGGUUCCCCAGGAGGCCGUCGGGUUCGUCACUGGCCGAGCCGGUAAUUUCCUCCGCAGUAUCGAGGACCAGUGGACCACUUUGAUGUUCUUCUGUGAGGUGGACAAGGGACGAGGGCGCGACAAGGCUUUCGAAAAGCUGGCAAUUUUUGGCAGCAUCCGCGCCAGGCGUGGUGCAGAGCUGCUCGUGCUCAGCGCUGUUGAGACGAAGGUCCCGGGCUACUUUGGCAGCAUCAAGGACGAGGUCUUGGACCGUGAUCGCCACCGUGAUGAAACCCAAACCUGGUCCACCGACACCAUGCAAUUCCAGGACGACGAGCUCUCCUAUGCCCUCGGCAAGCAGGGCGGCACCCGCAAGAAGCUGGAGCGCUCAUCAGGGGCCGUGGUACAGUAUGUUGGGCAGACGGCACUCUUCUCCGGGACGAAGAACGAACGCCGCCGUGCCAAGGAGUACAUGAAAUGGCUUUUCCAGCAGCUGGAAGGUCCUGUUUGGGUCGAGGGCUGGGAAGAGCGAGAUGACAUCACAGUCUUGGAUAUUCCCAGCGACUGCAUUGGCUACGUGACCGGCAGUCGCCGAGCGGCCUUGGGCGGUAUGGAGGAAGAGUGGGGCACUCUGAUGUUCUUCAUGACAAAGCCCGGCACAGGCGGUGGAAAAGGGGAUCGUCGAGGCGGCGGAGGUUUUGGGGAGCAGUUGGCUAUCCUUGGGCCCGAGCGUGGCCGCCGCGGGGCGGAGUUGAAGGUCAUGAGCUCCGUUGAGGAGAAAGCUCCUGGACAGUACACGCGCGGCAUCCGUGAGAAGUUUAGCGACUCCAAAGGCUUUGCGACGGACCGGAUGAUCUUCAAGGAUGACGAGCUCAGCUACGCCUUGGGAAAGCAGGGCAGCACAAGGAAGAAGUUGGCUCUCGCUUCGGGCUGCAUCAUCCAGUACGUCGGCCACGUUUGCUUCCUUGCCGGUACGAUGGCAGAGCGUCGCCGCGCGAAGGAGUUCCUUGACUGGCUCCUCCAACAGCGACGGGGUCAGGUAACUGUGAACAACAUUUCCGAGCGUGAUGACGUCACGGAGGCCGGCGUCUGA